GAAUGUGCAAUGUGCAUUGUUGGUUUGUUGGAUUUGUUGGCAUUUAGUAAUUUAUAUUCUGUGACUCAAGUCUCGGUUAUCACUUAUCAAUUUUAAUAACAUUGAUAGCUUGGAAAGGCGGGUAGUCAGUAGAUAGUCAGUGCCACUGGAAAUUUAUAUAUUCUUCGAUCUUCGACAUAGAAAUAGUCAUAUACUACGUGGAAAGGCUUUGAUUAUUUAAAAAAGCAGAAUUUGAUGGAGAUACCGAGUGCUAGCACAACAAAUUUGACGGAAAUGCCUUCAGUUGAAAGAACAUCGGAAACAUCUCACCUCGUAUCAGCGAAUAAUAAUUCUAAACCUAGUUACUUAAAUAUUUUGAGCAAUAUAUGUGCUCUUUUGUUCACGGGAAUAAUAUUUUAUUGCUGUUUUAAGAAUGGAGUAUCAUUGUUCUCAUUUCAUCCUACGCUGAUGUCUUUAGGGUGGCUGAUAUUUAUGACUUCUGCUGUGAAUGCUGUUACUCCGGGAGACUUGGCAACUGAAUGGAUGCCCAUUAGGCUCAGAAGUGCUCGUCACUGGGUCUUACAAUUAGUAGCAGUACUUUUUGUUUUAAUUGCAUUUUUCGUUAUACUUUCAAAUAAAAUUAUCAACGACAAAGAACACUUCAAAUCUUUACAUGGAAAAUUUGGAUUAGCUUCUUUUAUAUUUAUGGUCUGCACUAGUUUGGGAGGCUUAGGAGCACUUUAUAGCCUUAAACUUAAAGAAUACCUUGCACCGAUUUAUACAAAAUUAGUUCAUGCAUCUUUUGGUCUCAUUACAUUCUGUUUAGGCACUAUAACAAUAAUACUGGGCACUUUUUCUGCAUGGUGGUCAUUCGGAGAAAUAUUAAGAUACACCUGUCUAAUACUUGUGCUUUUAAUUAUGAUCCUAACGGUAUUAAGACCAAGUCUGAAAAUCUAUUUUCGCUUAAAAGAAAGACUUGGUUACAAUAAUAACUAAGUAACUUAGAUUAAGAAAAAUAAUAGGCAUAAUAAUAUAUAUUAUGCAUUAAAUAUAUGUUCUAUAGAAUUCAUUUUUAAACCUAAGAAAGUUUACUUUUUGAAGAUUUUAUGUUUAGGAAAAUUGUAUUUAUCAAUUUUAGAUAUACAGUUUUUUGAUUGUUAUAGUUGUUUACUUUAUUACUACAUUUGGAGUCUAUUUUAGGUUAUAAAAAAAUAUUACUGUAUUUCUACAGUUUUGUUACCUACAUAAAAAAACUUCCAAAGAAUUUAGACAUAAGAAUCAUUAUAUCGAAUCUUAGAGAAAGGCAUAUAUCAUUAGUCAUGCUUAAAUGUAUCGCAGAUUAUUUUAAAUGCUGUGAUAUUAUAAUUUCACUAGUGACUGUAAUUGAACUGAAUUUAAAUCAUCGUCUCAAUUUCAUACAAUAUUAGGAAACAAUUUCAGUGGAAUUAUAUUUUCACUGAAUACAUUUGGCCCAGUUUCUCCGUAAAUUUAAAAGUACGAAAUAAAACUUAAAAAUAAUCACUGUUGCACAUAACAAUAGCUUAUUACGUAAUGGUUUAUUUCUUGGUCUAUUUCUUAACUUUUAUUUUGUUUGCUUCAGAUACUAUCUAUUAUAUCCGGAAAUACUUUAUGUCGCCUUGUGCAUCGUACAGAAGAAACAAAUUUUGUUUCUAUUUUCAGACAGACAUGUCUAACUUUCUAUGAAUCCUUAAGCUAUGGCGUUAACUUUGUUUUUUUUUUCUUAUGUUAAUUGUACUAUUAUUGUCUAUAAAGAAACUGAUGAACUAUUUAGAUAUAAUUAUUUUAAACAAAUACUAUCAUUACCUGGUCUACGUCUAUGAUAAUUCUCUAAAUUAUUUAUUUCGAUCAGUUUUAUUCAUUAAGUCACGAAGGUAAAGUGUCAUUAAAUAAUUGUUUGGAUCUUCUUAAUUAAUUAUCAGUCGUGACCUGGUUAUUUGUUACGAAUAAG